CACGUAUUCGCUCUUCUCCCAGCCUUCUCCUUCAACGAUUGAAUUAUACUUUGAUUUAAAUGAUAGGCGAUAUGUCAACUGUCAGUUGAGUCGCAAUAAUCCGAUCGGGAGCUUCGUUACAAAUUACAUUUUCGAAAUAAAGUUCUGUUAUGUAGCCGUGUGACAGCUGAUCAAAAGUCAUUCAAUUCCCCUGAAUUCCCCGUACAUUUAAAUAAGUAUACGUGGUAGAAAUCUUAACAUAUGGCUAUUUAAUACAAAAGUAUUCCGUCAAUUCCGCAUGAACAUUGUGUGAGCUCUUUAGUUGAUAACACGGUGAAAGUGAAUGCUGAUACAUCGCGGGUGAUAAACAUUGAUAAAUUCGAUUCGGCAAUGCAAGGAAAUUGGAAAGAGAUAAUGCCUUUCAUGGAAGUAAUGCUGCAGAUAAAGGAGGAGCCACCAGAAGAAAAAGGAAAGGAGGAGAAUGAGUCACAAGAAGGGAUAGAGGGAAAUGAGGAUGAGGAGAUGCAGAGACCGGUUGCUGUGUAUCUGCCAGUGAAAGUAGAACCGGAAGAUGAAGAAGAUAAAGAAGAAGCAGAGGAAGAGGAGGAGGAGGUGAAUAGAUCUAUUCCUGAGUAUCAUCCUUUGAAAGUGGAACAGGAAGAAGAAAAUGAAGAAGAAAAAGGUGGAGCUAAAGAAGAAAAUGCAGAAGAGGAUGAUGAAGAAUUAGCUCACCCAGUUGCAGUGUUCCUAAUGACCAAGGAGGAGCCCAAAGAGGAGGUUGAAGAGGAAGAUGAGGACCCAGCCGAUUUUUCUGAUGCAAGUGUAAGUGAAGAAAUUUCAGAAUCAGGGGGAGAGCUACCGAAAGCUGCAGUAAGAGAUACCAUUUUGGAAGGGGUGCUCAGCUUAAUUAGUCCAUCUUCUAGAAUUGAAAACAAUUACGAUUGUGAUGCACCAGGAAAGCCAAAGGGAAGAGAAAACGUCACAGAGGACAUUUUGAAAAUUGAGAUUCCAACAGAUCAGGCGUUUAAUGAUUGGUCUCGUUGGAAUCCAAAGAAACUGAGUCAUCCUGCAUCUCAACCACUGCAAUUUGCAACAAAUGGACACAUAUCCUCAACAGUGUCUGAAGCUUCUGAUGAUCCAUUAACAGAACAUUUGUUUGUGACACAGGCAGUAUCAACUUCCUCUCCUUGCAGUUCACAGGCCGCGGUGGAAGGACAUCCACCCACCCCUAUCAUGCUUCUGCACCCAUCCAGUUCUAUCCCCAUUCCAUCCUCCUCAAAUACUACAGAACUUAUAACCACCCCACAAUCAAAAAGUUCUCCCCCUUUGCAAAUUCGAUACCGUAUGUCUGCAUGGAGAGGAAGAAGACGGCCAGCAUCGCCAACAGCAGCAGCACCACCACCACCACCACCACCAUCACCAUCACAGAGUGCAGAAGAGGUGUCCAGAGCCCUAUUGCAAGCCAGGCUGGACCUAGUAGAACUAAAGAAGAAGCUGGUCCUGGAAGAGCAUGAGUGGAAAAAGGAGCUCCAUAGGGAACAAAUGCUAGAGCAAAAAUUAAGAAAUAGACUGCUAUUGUUAGAGAUGGAAACUUCUGUGGAAGAUCAGUGGCAUCCUGUGCAGAUAAAGGAGGAGCCACAAGAAGGACAAGACAUUGAUGAGAAUGGACUACAAGAGGAAAAAAAGGAGCCAUUUACAAAUCUGGAGGAGGUGGAGGAGCAACAAGAAGGAACAGGGGAAAAUGAGGAGGAAGAAGUAGCUCCUGUUGCAGUGUUCCUUAUGAGCAAAGAGGAGCCAAAAGAAGAGGAUGAGGAGGAAGUUGAGGGCCCUUCAGGUUUUUCUGAUGCGUCUGAAAAAAAAGAAGAAAUUUCAGAAUCAUCAGGUCGAGAGUUUACUGUGGAAGGCACCUCCAGUGAUUUGCAGACAUUGAUGAGAAGUACCAUUGGGCAACAUUCAAGAGAAGAAACACACCAUUGCUCCAUCUGCCAGAAAAGCAUAUCGAAAGAACGUUGGACUGGGCAUAUGAAAAUUCACUCUGGCGAAAAAAAUGAGAAGGAAAAUGCAAAAUUGAGACAAGCUAUAUCAGCCUCACAAACUGUUAACUUCCAAUUUCCUACAAAUACACCUUCACCUUAUUACAUCAACAAACCUGGAAUUUUUACACCUCCAUCUGCUCCAGGUUCUCAGGUAUGUUAG